CAUUUUCCCUAAAACCUGUAAGAAACCAACUGGUGAACCAGUUCCCUUAUCCAGUCCUGUCACGCACCUCAGCGCUCUGAACUGGUUUAAAACUUUCAGCUCUUAAUGGGAGGUGAGGGUGGACCUUCUGACGCGUACUGGUGUGUGGGAGUAACUCCAGUAUAAAACCAGUUACAGCAGCUUCAGAGACCAGAGGGGCAGUUUUUUUUUUUUUAAAUUUGCCCCCGUUUGGAGCACCAUGAUGUUCCCGUGCAGCGCGCUGCCGCCGCCUCUCUACCCGGGCUUCCUGCGCCCUCCCGCGGCUCUCUCCUCGCCCCUCGGCCGCUCGCUGCCCUCCGGCUUCCUGGUGGAGGAUCUGCUGCGGCUGAGCCAGCCUGUCGGCUACAUCCACCGGGCCUUCUCCUCCGGGAGCCCCGGGGAGCUUAUCCAACUCGGCCCGGGGCUGGGAGCUUCUGCUCGCCCGGAACCACCGAACCGAACCGGGUCGCCGCACACGGGCUGCUCGGACUCGGGAUACCUGAAGUUCGGCGUCAGUACCAUCCUGGCCCCGUCCACACGGAGCGUUCAGAGUCUUCAGACGAAGUCGCUGCCGUUCUUUGACGGAAACCUUCAUCCUCUCAUCAGAGCCUCGUACUUCUCAGCCUCCUCCUCCUCUUCUUCUGUGGUUCCAGUCCCAGGAACGUUUUCUUGGCCCCUGGCCCCCCGGGGGAAGCCCAGGAGGGGCAUGCUGCGGCGGGCCGUGUUCUCGGACCUCCAGAGGAAGGCGCUGGAGAGAACCUUCCAGAAACAGAAGUACAUCAGCAAACCAGACAGGAAGAAACUGGCCAGUAAACUGGGACUGAAGGACUCGCAGGUGAAGAUCUGGUUUCAGAACCGCAGGAUGAAGUGGAGGAACUCCAAGGAGCGCGAGUUGCUUUCGACGGGUGGCUGCCGCCAGCAGACCCUCCCCACCAAAACCAAUCCCCACCCGGAUCUGACCGACGUGGGCAGCACCUUCUGCAAGCGGCUGACCCGAAGUGCAGCCGACAGCCAGGAGUCGCAUCCCCACCACCAUCAUCAUCAUCACCAGAUCCCAUCCUUUCCAUCAGAUCUGAGCAAACAGUCAGAGUCCGACGGUGAAGAAAUCACGGUUUCAUAAAGAGGAGUGACGCCAGAAGCUCCAAAGUGCCUGAAUCUGCUGUGUAUAUAUUUGUAUUUACUCACCGUGUUCCUGUACAGAGCUGUUUAUUGGCAGCUAAAUAAAGUUCACUGUGCUGCUCUAGAUUUAAUAUUUGUAGAUUGGAAAGUUUCAAACUUAAGGUUGCAAAAUGUUUUGCAUUUUUUCAUAUUUUUGUUAAAAUAAAUUUAAAAACUCUC